AUGAGACUGGCAGCAAAGGUGGCCCCAGUGAACUUUGAUGAUUGUAGCCCGUUCGAACCGGCUGCCGUUGAGAAGUACCAGCAGGCGCUUCUCCAGUUUGAAAAUCAGACGAGCAACAAGAUCAGAGCCUUGGUCCUCUGCCAUCCCCAUAAUCCUCUCGGUCGCUGCUAUCCUGAGCAGACAAUCAUCGAAAUAAUGAGACUGUGUCAGAAAUAUCAAAUCCACCUGAUCAGCGAUGAAAUUUAUGCAUUGUCGACUUGGGAAAAUGAGAUCGAUCCGACUCUGGCGCCAGUGAAGCUCCAAUCCUUACUUUCGAUCAGUCCCAAGGGCAUCAUUGAUCCAGGAUUGACCCAUAUUCUCUGGGGCAUGAGCAAGGACUUCGGCGCCAAUGGCAUCCGAAUCGGCGUCAUUGUAUCCCAAGCAAACGCGGGGCUUCAUAAUACCCUUUGCGCAACAUCCCUCUAUACCUAUGUUUCAGGCCUUUCGGAUUACAUUGCGGCCAAUAUAUUAGAGGACGGCGCUUUCACGGAUCAAUACAUAGAAAUGAAUCGACAAAGGCAGCGGGAUUCGUAUCACUUUGUUGCCGAAUACCUCCAGCGACGUGGGUUGGAGUAUGAGCCUGGCUGCAAUGCGGGCUUCUUCGUAUGGGUCAACCUUGGGAAGAAGUACCUUGAAAAUCGCCAGAAGACACAAUAUGAUGGUCCGGACCUGUCCCAGGAAAUCGUGGAUCGUCUUUGGAAUCAGAAGGUCUUUCUUGCCAGUGGCAAUGCUUUUGGGUCCGAGAAGCCUGGCUGGUUUCGCAUUGUUACCUCCCAUCCGACAGAGUACCUGACAGAAGCAUUGCGGCGCAUUGAGCUUGCGAUGGGGAAUUAG